AUGUCUCAAAUUCACUCCUUGUCCGACGACCAGGUCGGACAAGAGCUGCGCAAGAUGACAGCGUUCAUCAAGCAGGAAGCCACCGAGAAAGCCCGCGAGAUCGAGAUCAAGGCAGACGAAGAAUUCGCCAUUGAGAAGUCCAAGCUGGUGCGACAAGAGAUAGACGCUAUCGACACGGCAUACGAGAAGAAGUUCAAACAGGCGGCCCUGUCACAGCAGACGACGCGGUCCACGGUGGCGAACAAGACCCGCCUGCGUGUGCUCGGUGCACGCCAGGCCCUCCUCGACGACAUCUUCUCCGCCGCGCAGAAGCAGCUCUCUGACGCGACCAAGGACGCCGCGCGGUACGAGGAGAUUCUGAAGGGUCUCAUUCUGGAAGGGUUCUACGCCAUGGGCGAGCCGGAACUGCAGAUCCGGGCGCGGAAGGCGGAUUAUGAGGUUGUGCGCAAGGCCAUUGAUGCCGCUGCGGCUGAGUACAAGGAGAAGGUGGGCACUGAGGUGAAGGCGACGAUCGAUGAGGAGAAUGAUGUGGCGGAGGGGAGCACCGGUGGCGUGGUAGUUGUUGGGGGUAACGGGAAGAUUGAUCUGAACAACACCUUCGAGGCGAGACUGGACCUGCUCCGGGAGAGUGCUUUGCCGGGUAUGCGCCAGGCUCUUUUCGGAAAGAACCCCAACCGCAAGUUCUACGACUAA